AUGCACGCUUUGCAAGUAACCAUUAUCGCUGUCAUCGUGGCAGUAGCCAUGAGUGCCCCAGUACAAGAAAAAGAAGUACCAAUUAAUUAUUACAAUUCAAACGGACCCGAAGCGGACGGUUCUUAUUCGUUUAACUAUGAAACAGGAAAUGGUAUUCGCGUUGAAGAAAAAGGCGAACCAAGGAAGAGUUCACAAAAUGAUCCUGAAAACGAAUAUACUCUUUACGUCCAAGGAUCAUACCAAUAUCCAGCAUUGGAUGGCUCGCAAAUUUCAUUGAAUUACGUAGCCGAUGAAAAUGGAUUCCAACCUCAAGGAGACCAUUUACCAACUGCUCCACCUGUACCGCAAGCAAUCUUGAGGGCUCUAGAUUAUAUCGCUGCUCAUCCUCAGGAAGAUAAUCUGAGAAAGUGA